CAGGAAGAAGAAAAAUCUGAUAAUGCUGACAGAGAAGGAUCACCUCGUCACUGCGGAUGAAGAAAAAAUCAAGACAGUGGGACGAAUGACCAACAUGGCGUUUCGAUUGGGAAAGGUACAUGCCCUGGGAGAUGUCGUGGUAUUAGAUGUAAGCACGUAUGACACUCUUUUGGGACUACCCGUUCUCACGGCGCUGCGGGCCAAUCUAGACUUUGAAAGACGAUCGAUUGUCCUUCAGAAUACGGGAGGGAAACCAUUCGCCAUCCCUAUGAGAUUGACUCUCAGAACGGUGGCAGAGGUAACCCAGAAAACUCCUCCAAUGCCCGGAGGAACUCUCCGAAUGAUCGCUUGGAAGAAACUUGCGGAACGAAGUAAUCACCGGACAGAGGAGCCAAACCUCUCGAGUGACACCGAUAAUAGCGACGAAAAUGAGUUAGUAAUUCGGGAGUUAGUGCAGCAACACGUCCGCUAUCUGAUUCGACAAGCAACCACGAAAACGUUCAAACUCAUGGAAGGAAACAUUCAGAGAACACGCGCAUUAAUUUUAGGCGAACCGCUUGUGCAAAUUUCCCGGAUGAUCGAUUCUUUGGAACCCCUUUGGACCUUAUACGAGGGCACCACUCCACUGCUUGCGAGAUACAGGGAUAAGAGAGCCUUUUGUGAUAUUACGGAGCUACCCCGUUCCUUGUUGACUUUGGGAAAAGAGAUAAGAUUGCUAAGAUUAGGGGUUGAAGACGAAGCUUUGGAACCCCCUGCGCGAUGUGACACGGGGCCUCACAAUCUCGGGAUCAAGAUCGCGAAAAAACCCGUACGAUGGCAGGAUGUCUGCGACGGGAUAACCCCGGAGGAACACGUGGCGAUCCGGGAAGAAAAUCCCCAGAUGAUGGUCACGGUGUUCUCCUCGCGAUCGGACAAUUCAUUCAUUUUUGUGCCCCCGCCCGGGAACAUCGGCGAAAUUGACACAAAGCAAAUUACCAUCCAAAUACUAGGCCAACCCUACGAGUUGCACGUGCCACAUUACGUGCCCAACGAGAUUCACCAUCUAAUCGCCGAAAUCUUGAAGGAAUAUCAGGGAGCGAUCAGUGUGACGGACAUGGAUAUCGGACUAUCGUUGUGGCGGCAAGCUUACGUGGCGCUCAGUUUCUGCCUCCUCGAGAUUGCCUUCCAUUGGGCGGAGCCUGCCGAUAGAAGUGCGGAAGACGAGAUCUCGGACGACGAGGUGGAGCUAUUGCUUGUCCAGGGGUGGAGGACGGACGCGGAGGGAGACUUCUUGGGGAUCCUAUUUAAAGAAGUGUGCGACGACCAUCCGAGCUCCAUCACGGACGAAAUGUUGGUGUUCCUGACCCAAGUACUCGACCAUCUGCCGUUGGAGAUCCUCUCUCAUUGUGACGAGAUACUUGGGACAGCCGCACUCACCCGUACCCUCGAGCCACACCCUCUUUGGUCCACGUGUACGGAAUUGGAGGGGAACGGCUACUACCUACCCUCGAGGGGUGCGUACCUGCCAGUGGUCGUCGACGUUACUGACCUCUCCACGUGGGACCCACUCAUCCGGUGCAUCCCCAUAGGAGAGACUAGUGAGGAGGCCGAGGAGGAAGAAGAAGAAAGUGAGGAGGGCGGUCACCUCCAGUACACGGAAGGCGAGACGACGCCAGAGGAGGACGGAUCGGGAGCUGAGUCGGAUGAUCCCGACUAUUGGGAAUCGGAAGACGCCGAGUCGGAAGAAGCCAGUUCGGAUCGGGUAGAAUCAGGAGAGGAGGAAGCAGGAUCGGGUGGAUCAAGCGGCCCCGAUGAACUAAGCAGGAGAGAAAGGGAGGUCGUGGCACAGAGGGUAUGGGCAGCAGCAGAAGGGAAGCGGCCGAUUGAAGAGUCAGGAGGGCCACCACCGCAAUUGCUCCAGGAUGAUCCGGCGCGCAAUCCAGAGCCGCGGCGGGAGGAAGACGAACAAAAUGACACCACCGCAGAGGGAUCAAGAAGCUGGCGCCACUGAAGAAGUCGAUCGCCCUCCCAAUCCUCCCCAGUUUAACCCGCAGCCCUUCGCUUACCUCGAGAUGCGGGCGCACAAGCUUC